CACUCGUCACUACCGGUAACCUCCUACUCGAACAUCACCACAAACCACAGCGACGAGCCUUCCAAAACGAAGGAGCAAAAAAAAAACGAGAAGCUGAAAUGUCAACAGCCCCUUCCCCCUCCGUCGCCAAAAAACAGCAAGGUCCACCCUUCCCCCCCCUCUGUCCCCUUCCCCUACCCCCACACACAACUAACUCCCAACUAACAAAAACAAAAAAAACAGACCUCCAAACCCAAUACUCAACCUACAAAUCCGCGCUCCAACAACUCGCGCAAAAGAUUGGGGACGUGGAGCAGGAAGCUGAGGAGCACAAACUCGUCCUCGAGAGCCUGGAACCGGUGGAUCCGGGGCGUAAGUGCUUCCGCCUGGUGAACGGGGUCCUGGUGGAGCGCUGUGUCGGGGACGUCAUUCCCGCCGUGCGGACCAAUGCUGAGGGGUUGAAGAGCGUGCUUGAGGGGCUGGUGAAGGAGUAUAAGAGGAAGCAGGAGGAGAUGGAGAAGUGGAAGGUUAAGAAUAAUGUGCAGGUUGUCAAUCGGUAGUUUUGGUGGGAGGAAAUUGAGAUUCCUUUUUUUCUCGAGGGGAAUGGUGGUGGGAAAGUGAAAAAGUGCUUAUUUGUUUGGUUUCUGGGUGGUGGUGGUAUCGCAUCAUAGAUUUCUCGGGGGGGGGAGGGUUUCCCUUUCUCCGCUCCCCUUUCCACCUCUUUUCAUUCUUUGAUACUACCAUAUCAUAACUUGUAAUUUUGCUUGUUUGAUUCCCCUUGUUUCUUGCGGAAUUACUUGCUUGUUGCUCGAGGUGGGUAAAGGUAGGACAUGGUGAUACAGCCACAGGACGGUACUGUACAAUAUCAUCCUCUGCUGUGGACACCAGAACCCCCCCCCCAAAGUAGUGAUAAUUGUCACCGUCAAGAAUAAAUAUACAAUCCC